AUGAAUGAUCAUCAACAAGAUCCUAUACCUUGGUUCAACACCUGGCCCGAUGUACCGGUGCGAGAAGAUGGGAUUAUUGCCAUGUCAUUUAAUACCACCACCAUGUCGUUAAUUCCAAACAAAGUCCCUUCUAAAAUGGAUCAGUUACUCUCUGAUGCAUUGCUCUUCCCUCCUCCUAAACCAGACACAGAACUGGAUGAUGGUAAAAAGAAGGACCCCUUGGCAAGUAAAGUCUGGAGAAUGUAUACCAAAGCAAAAGAUACCUUACCCAAUGGAUCUCGUAUGGAGAACCUUACUUGGCGUAUGAUGGCAAUGACACUCACUAAAAAGAAGCUUGCCGAACAAGCUGCUGAAGAAGCUGCUGAACAGUCUAACAAGAUAUCGAAAGAUGCUAUGGAUAUAGAUCAUACAACACCUCCUUCUGCUGACGAUACCACCACUUUACUAUCUUCUUCGGCUCCGCCUUACUCCAUGGAUAACAUGUACAAAGAUUCAAACGUGCUUGUUUCCGGUAUGCGGGCUUCCGAUCAUCAUCAACUAAGUCAUGUACCCCGCUACACACCUGUCAAAAGAAGAUCAGACUUUAACACCCAAAUCAAUAGUAUAACAAUCCCCUCACUACAUGAAGAACCUGUUGAUCAAUAUUCAUUGGACGAGGAAGAUUUUAAUCAUUUCAGUCAAUCCGUACCCUCAAGGUCCUAUUUUAUGCAUAAUAGUCAAAACACGAGUCCAAUCACUACACCUACUUUAUUACAACAUGGACAAUACCAUCACCCCACAUCGCCCUUAAAUACAGACGGUUCCUUCUAUUUCGAGUCUUCUUCACCACAACAUUAUCAACCUCAAGAGCCAUUGAUGACCAACGCUGGCAGUUUGAGCUUUGAGGAUAUUUUAAAUGUUUAUUACAACAAUAAUACAACAAGACCUCCAGAUUUAGCCAUGAUGAACUUACAUUUAUCGUCAGCAAAUGAAUCUGCAGCUUCCUCUCCGCCUUCUGCUUCCUCGCCUCAUUCGAUGUCGAGUUCUGAUUAUCAUAGCCAAGACGAUGAGAUUGAUGCUGACUAUGUAAAAAAGAAGAAGUCCAAAUCCAACCGACAACAUCCAGCAUGUUCAGUAAAGACACAAUGUUCGAAUUGUCAAACCACAACCACACCACUUUGGCGUCGAGAUCCACAAGGCCACCCGUUAUGUAACGCAUGUGGUCUCUUUUUAAAAUUGCACGGUGCGGUUCGACCACUUAGUUUAAAAACCGACAUCAUCAAGAAACGUAACCGAACUAGUACAACACAUAUAAAACAACAACAACAGCAACAACAGCCUCAGCAGCAACAACAAAAGCCGAAAAAAGCCGAAACGAAGGAUGAAAAGAUACUGAUUGAUAGACGAAAUACGGUACAUAUUGCGCCUCAACGACCAAGUUUAAUUAAAAGGCAAAGGCGUACAUCAGAAAUGGCACCUCCGUUUUUGAAAAGUACAUCACCAGUGCCGCCGCUACUACCACCGUCUCAACAGCAGCAGCAGCAGCAGCAACAUAAUCAACAACAUUCACAACAGCAACAGCUUCAGCAGCUUCAGCAGCAACAGCAACAGCUACAGCAAUCUCAACCUCCAGCUGAGACAAACGCUGCAGUAUACGCCAUUUUAGAAUCGGUUGGUAUCCAUUUAAAUAGUUUACCCGUUGAAUUGUUACCUUUGAUUGCAUCUGCAGCAAAUUAUCAUGCUGCUAAUAAACGACAACAAUCUGAUUCCAACAUGUUGAACAAUGUAUUAUAUCCAGAGGAUAAUUCUCACUAUGCUCCAUAAAUGAAAUCAAAAACACAUAUACACAUUAUGCCUUAUGCCCCCAAACAAAUGAUUUAUGACUAUAAUAAAUGCUGCUCCGUUUUUUUAUAUAUAU